UGCUUAUGAAACAUUACAAUCACAUAAGAUUGUCGCUGUGUCCGCACGUUUCAAAGUCGAGUGGAGUAGUAUAGGUGGAAUAGGUAGGGGCGAAUUACUUUCUCCAGGUCGGAGGUAGGAACGUAUCGUAUGGUUCUCUCCACAUUGACUUCAUGAACAUUCAAACGAACAUCAGCUUUUUACCAAGUCAAAUAAAAUCGACGAAAUGCUAUUGACAAAAAUAUUAUUUUUCUACGUUGGAUUUUGCAUCGUUCUAUUAUCAAUGGUCGAUUCAAUGCCGCAACAAGAUGAACCGUCAUUCGACGUUCCAGUACAACUCAUUGGUUUUCCCAUUAUCAUAGCCGCCGUUAGGGUCUCGAAUUUUAUUAAAAAGUUGGCUUAUUCAUUGAAUCCAGAGACAUAUGCAAACAGAACUAAACGAAUGGCACGUUUGAUACACGACGAGGAAAUAUUGAACGUUGGACAAAUCGAAAAGAAGCUCGUUGAAAAACUCGGUAAUGAUGUAUGCAUUUACGAAAGAAUAUGCGCCAAAUAUGCUACGAAAACGUUGCAAAGAAGAAGCAGAGAACGUGUCCUAGAUUGGGACGUCAUAUUCAGAGAAUAUAAAUCGUCGCCAAAUCCAAUGAAAGAGAAUUAUCUUUUGAGCGUCUUUCUUGGAGAUGUUAUUGGCAGUCCAAGGCUUUGCCAUCAACUGGCAAAGAGAGGAAGAGCCUGUGAUGAUUAUACUCCGUCAGAUUAAUUAAAAAGGACGUUACGAGAAUGAAAGAAGGUCGUGUGGCUUCCUCGAGUGAUUGUAAAUAUUUUGAUGCCAUGAACAUUACGCUGAUCACCGACCGGUUCUUCCUCUUAUGAAAAUAUUCUUUUAUUUUUCUUUUUCUUUCUUUUGUUUUUUUUUUGUUUCGUUGAUAUCGAAAUAGAAGCGCAAAAAUAUAUCUAUAUAUGUAUAUAUAUAUAUAUAUAUAUAUUUGUUUGUUAUAUUUUUCUCAUGUUAUUUCUCUUAUG